UACAUGUCGAGAUUUCCCGCGGUGGGUGGGGCAGCAGAGAGGACAUGAUUGUCUCGAUUCGAGACAGCUGAUCGUGCAAAGUCAUCUCCAAGUCGUUGAAUCAGCAGCGCUCGAACAGAAGGAAGCUCUGAGGCACGGAGAUGCACCGGCGUAUAUGAUGCUUGAAGCUGCUUCGACUACAGCAGCACCUCCAGGAGAUCCCCGGAUGCUGUAUACAUGAGAAGAAGGAGCCUCGAAGAGCUGCGCGGGCGUACCGUCCUCCUGGAUCAAGUUCUGUGCCUUCAAGCGCGCAAGCCCCGUGUUCCCUUGCCCCAGAAGCGUCGCGAUAUCUCUUCGUGUGAUUGAUGCAUGAGAGUCCUUCCGCUCUUGAAUCGUUCCGAGUCGCUGACUAGUGAGCCGUAGCAGGGCCU